GAAGAUCUCCGGUUGAAAAUCACUGGUUUGGACCACGUUAAUAGCUCCAGACUGAAGACAGAAGCAGCGUGCUGCCUCUCAACGUCUCUCUUCCAGAAGAAUAGAAAAGGUGACCUGCUUAUUGUAAUUCUUUCUCUUUUAUCCAGUGGCUCACAAAACAGUGGGUUUCUCCAACAAAGAACGGUAGUCAGCUGCCAGGCAUCGGUGCUACAAGAACUGUCUCGGACACCGUCAGUGUAUUCAAUCAGUGCGGAUAAUUCAUGGACAAAAUAUCAACUCAACACUGAUCCUUAAAUAAGCACCACGUCAUGCAGACGUAUGGGGGAGUGGAGGUAUAGAUUCAGGCAUUCUUAACCUCGGCACUACAUAGAGCCGUCACCAAAUAUGGUGGGGAGAAUGUGGAUUCUGUUCCUGCUAACAAUGGCACUGCCUGACAACGUCUUUAGCAUCACCACGCCCGACAAGAUCAACACUCGUGAAUCACCGGACAAAGAUGAACGGAUCAUUUAUAAUCCUGCUCCCGGAUCCAAUCGCUGUGCAUCAAGGAUCGAAAACAGAAUGGCAGCCAUGAAGAAAACUCAAAGCUCAGAUAUUCAUAACCCAAUCAACGCUAAUAGUGCAUUAGUAGACCUCGCAGGCUACGCACUCCACCAGCCAAUGCGAACAGCACCGUAUGAUAUGUACGUCACAAACAUGCGAGUCCAUGUCCCAGCCAGAACAGGUUGGUUCCGUAUCGAGAAAUGUUACUAUGAUCCGCAUAACGCGAGCGUGGAAACACAACUUACAUUCCGAGACCUAAAAGUCAGUGGAAUGGUCAAACUUUAUGAUGAGAAGGCUGUUCUUCAAGACCCUUUACUUCCUCUGCCGGUCGAGACAUGCAAUAUGACUUUACGUCUCAGAAAGGCCGGUCUCGGGAUCUCUGCUCUUCCAUUACGAGUAUCUAGAGGGAACGUUGAGCUCCGAACUUCUGCCCAAUUUAUAAAACCAGAAUUUGUAAGCGUCUACGCGUACGGGUGUCGUCCACCGAGCAGAGAACACAGACGAAAUGGAAACAAUGACUUGCCCUCUGCCUUGGAGAAAAGACAAGAGGCAGACUUUACACAAGAAAUGGAGGAUGUGUUUCUGAGAGGAAUUCAGUCUCUCCUCACAAGGUAUCUGGAGAAGCAGCUCCAGCCAGCACUCAAAGACACUCUCAUGGCAAACAUGGGAUACACCAUCUCAUAUGGAAGAUAAAUUUUACACCAUUGCAACUGCCAAAAAUGACCAUCAGGGAAAAUCUGAGUGUAAACAAAUAUUUAAAUGUAACAUCAGAGCCAGAGAAUCAAACAUGAAUUUAACAUCACCUCUUCACAUUUCUACAGAUGAAUUCUUGUAAACGAAUGCAGUUAAGUGCUUAUAUAGUGUUUCCUCACUUUAAAUUCAGUUUGUCCCAUAUCUUCUUCUUCUUCUAUGACCCUCCGGUCCGUAUUCGGUCCAUGGCCUCCUCAAUUCUCCUCUUCCAUUCGGUCCUCCGUAAGGUCCAUCUGUCAGAGGCUUUGAUUGAGAUUUGUCCCAUAUCUAUUAUGCAAAUUUUGAAUUGUUUUGUUUAUGGUUUUUCAUAAAUUCAGGGUUCACACCUGUGUUCUAAUAGAAAAACUUGAAUAUUUUUCAUGCAAAAAUUCUCUUAUUUUAUGUAUGGACAUUCUGCAGUUCCUCAAAGCUUAAUUUUUUAUCUAAAAUUUGUGGAAAAUUUUUAAACAGUUUGAUGUAUCUUUCAAAAACAAACAUGAUUGUAAUUAUUUAUUACCAGUAAGAGGUGACUGUUCUUCACCGUCCAUCUUUCAAUAAAUGUACUUCAAUAAUAUAAUGUAACUGUUACCAUCCAGAAUUUCAAAACCUCGAGACAAAAGAAUAAACAGAAAAUAUUA